GCACAAGAGCGGAACUCUUUGUUACACAAGAGCCGCAUGCGGUGUGCCUUCCAUUUCCCCCUGCGAUGGCGUCUCUACUCCUCACGUGCCGCUUGUUGACAAGUGAAUGCAUCGCCGCGUUUGUCAAGAGCCAGAAGGGCGGCGAUAGGACCUAUUCUUUCGAUGGAAGAGCUUUGUUGGCCUUGAAGUCUUGAAACCCUGGUGAAACAAUGGCCGUGGAGCUAUUUUCGUCGGAUGGUACUGCAGAGGAGGAGACAGAGAGAGUGGAAUUUUCCUCAAGUUCUACAGCUAAAGGCACCGCUGAUCCCGAGAUCGCGAGCGCUAGCGAGAUAAUGUACGAGAGGAAACGAAAACAUCCAGCUUUUAGAUCUAAGGGUUUUGUGAGCAAUGGGUUGGCAUACAGUUCACAUGGCCAUCCAGAGGUCAGGCCAGGCCUAUGUCAACUUUUAGUUUCAGAGGAGGUUUCAGAUGCUCACCUGCCUGUUCGACUUUCGCCAACUGGAUUGGCAGACGCCACUGUACCUUCGUACCAAUCCGAGGUCUGUACAGACGCAGAAGAUUAUGUAAUGGUUUCAGCAGACAUUUCACCAGAUCGGUAUGUUGGACCAAUAAACGAGACUUGGCACUUGCCUCCUUUGCUAGACAUCAAUGAGGUCUCGCAGCGAUUUGCAGAGUCUGCUUCGAAUUUACGACGCCGCUUUGCUAAUUUAGUAGAGGAAAAUGUGACCCGUGAUAUACGAAGGAACCUUUUGGAGCAGCUUUCUGGCGCUUCUAUGGAUGGUGAUCCCAGGAUGAGUCUUUCAGAGCAUGAGAGGAUACACUUGAGUUUGGCAUCAGCAAGCACUGCUUCAAGUCAUUCAACUGAAGAGGUUAACAUCAGAUUGUUAGAGAGUGCUCAUCUUUUAAGCAACAUAUCAGUUGAACGAGCUGCUGCGUUAUUCUCUUCAACCAGUGCCGCCAUGUUGGAAAUGGGCCAACAUUUUGUGAGUUUGCCGCCUACGGUUUGGAGCGGGUCUUGUAUGUUCAGUCAUCAACUCGCUUGGCGGCUUAGUUUCCCGUUCCUGAAGCUUGUACACGUUUAUAUAACACGCAACCAUGCAUGCCUGAAAAGGAAAACAGAUGGAAUUGUAACACGAAUUCAGACCACUUUGCGAGGUUCUGUCGAUGACAUUGGCUGGCUUGUGAAUAAUCCUGACUAUCCUGCUGCUGAAGAUGGUACAGAAGAUUUUUUGAGAGCGUUGGAACAGAUCGGGCGUGGCAUUCAUGUUCUUCCUGAUAACCUGACUUACCUCCUUGUUCCAGGUCUUUUCAGUAAUCACGGUCCGUUAUAUUUUCAUGACACGAAGAAACAUUUCGCUAAACUGGGAUUGCCGUGUCACAUUGCAAAAAUCCACAGUGAAUUAGGUGUGGAGAAGAAUGCGAAAGAAAUAAAGGAAUACGUUGAAGUGCUGUACAAAUCCACAGGCAGAAAGGUGGUCAUGUUAGGACAUUCGAAAGGAGGUGUAGAUGCAGCUGCUGCCUGCUCCAUGUUUUGGGAUCAGCUGAAAGGCAAAGUUGUCGGUAUAAUACUAGUGCAGAGUCCUUACGGGGGUAGCCCAAUUGCAUCAGAUAUCUUGCGUGAAGGCCAGAUUGCGGAUGUUGAAACCCGCCGCAUAUUGGAAAUUUUGAUCUGCAGAAUAUUCAAGGGCGACAUAAAAUCACUUGAAGACCUAACUUAUGAGAAACGGAAGGAAUUCCUCGCCAAAUAUUCCCUACCGGCAGAUCUCCCUGUACUCAGCUUUCAUACAGAGGCAAGCCGGACACCUCGAGCAGUUUCCGUCAUGUCCCACAUAGGGCAUGCGCAGCUCCCGUGGCUCCCUGGGAUAGCCAGGAGGCGAAACGAUCAGAAUUCAGACGACAAUGAAGGAAGUGGAAAACUCCACGUGGCGGUGCCUCUCGCAGCAGCUAUGGCUAUAUGUGCUCUUCAUCUUGAACUAAGAUACAAAGAGAAAAGCGAUGGUCUGGUUACACGGAAAGAUGCCGAAGUUCCUGGGUCGAUUGUCGUCAGACCCGAAAAGAAACUUGACCAUGCUUGGAUGGUUUAUGCGCCUUCCCGCCGAGAACCCAAUGAACCCGAUGCCGCUCAGAUGUGCGAGGCUCUCAUUGCUUUAGUCCUUAACCAUCCCAGAUGGAGGAGAUGUGAUGUUACUUGCGAAGCUCAAGUUGCUCUGCAGGAGGCAGAUGAAGCUAGUGCGAAUGCCUCUCUGGCCAAAAGUCAAGAUCCAAACGAUUUCCUCACUACUGAUGCUGCCAGAAGCUUUCUUGCGGACACGGAAGGGGUUCCUGAAGCGGAAACGGAAGAAAGUCGUAGAUUCCUGUGCGACAAUUCAGCAUCAGAAACCUGUGCAUCUGAUUUUGGUAGCGCAUCAGAGAGACGUGUAGUGGAUACGUGUUCAAUAUCGCAGGACAGUGAUGUAGGGAAACGAAACGCUGCCGCUGCGAGAACCGGUCUUAACGAAUUGGUCUGUGAGGGUACGAGUAGGGUGAAAGUUGCAAAUACUUUGGACUUGCAGCGACGGAUCCCUGACAUGGUUAUGUCGGAAACUCCAGCUCUUGCUUUACGAGAGGCGACCAACAAUGCUAGUGCCGUGUCUGAUCAGAGGAGGGAGAGUGACAUUAGAGAGGAAAUACUACCACCAAGUGAGAGCUCCGAUGCUGAUGACAUCAGUAAUUAGGACUAAAAAAUGAAUAUUCUUACACGAUGCUGUCAAUUUCUACAGCCCCAUUUUAAAAAUUUCGUAUCUAAGGAUGCCUUUUUCA